AUGCGCGGGAGGGAAAAAUCAGGUUCGUCGCCCGCCUCCUCCCUUGCCCCGCCCGUCGCCCCGCCCCCAAUCGCCGCUGGCCGCCGCGCGCCAUGGAGCCGCCACCCGCCCCCGUCCUCACGCCCGCCUCCUCCCUUGCCCCGACCGUCGCCCCGCCCCCAAUCGCCGCCGGCCGCCGCGCGCCAUGGAGCCGCCACCCGCCCCCGUCCUCACGCCCGCCUCCUCCCUUGCCCCGACCGUCGCCCCGCCCCCAAUCGCCGCCGGCCGCCGCGCGCCAUGGAGCCGCCGCCCGCCCCCGUCCUCACGCCCGCCUCCUCCCUUGCCCCGCCCGUCGCCCCGCCCCCAAUCGCCGCCUCCGUGACGUCCACGUCGGCCCAGCAGCCGCCCGUCCCGAGCCAGGCGCAGGUCGCGUCGGUGGUGGCCGCCACCCACGUCCUCAGCGCCAAGCGGCGACGUGCUGGCCAGCACGUCGUCCCUCCGCAGCCCGCAGUCGCCCUGGCCCCCGCCUCCUCCCUCGCCCCGGUGGCCGCUCGCCGCGGAAGGGACCCCGAUCGUGAAGAGGACCACCUCCCAGACGAAGACCGCGCCCGCGCCCCCAAUCGCCGACCCUCCGCCCGUCGUGCACGAGGUGCUCGACGGAAUAUUCCGUUAUAA